AUGCCAGAAUUAGGUCCUAUAAUGCGCGCAUUGGAACUGCAGCGGCUGAUCGAGAACAAAGUUACGGAAUGGCGCGAGAGGUCAGCCCGGGUCGCGGGCACGAGUGUGGCCGACUCUUAUCAACAGCCACUUCACUUUAAGCGACAUAUAAACAGACGCAAAAACAGCGCUGAAAUAAACAGAAUUAUCGCAAAGUACUCCAGACCUAAUAAGAGACCGGACGAACAUCGAUUCACGUUACCAAAGUGUCCGAAGGAACCACCUGUGCGUCCCGCGAGACAAAAAAAGUUGAAACCUAAUUUAAAAAUAUCGAGAAGUGAAGAAAAUCUUCUAAAUGUUGGCGUGAUGGAUGCUCCUGACCCUACAGUGAACGAUAGAGUACAAAAAAGAUUCAGUUUGUCGAAGUACAAUACGAAGAGUUGUGAGGAUAUUACGGCAUUUGUUGAUUUUGGACACACAAUGAAGAGCAAAAAUUUUGAAGAAAAUAGCAUCCUGAACUCAAAAAGUGCUCCGAGUGCUCCGAGCAUCGAGAGCUCGAGUGUAGCUAGGCGUAACCUUCACAGUAUUGGUGAAGAUAUAUCAAUUAUUACAGAUUUAGGUGACAGUGGUAUUCAUUUUAGAUAUAGUGCAUCUAAUUUUGCGACAUCUACGCCUAUUUCGAACAGAAAGACAUGUCCACCUGGUGAUACUGUGUCCGUGCUUGAAUUCGAUACGUGUGCAAAAUAUAAUAGUGUUAUGAAUGGUGAAUUAAAAAAAGGUAUUUCGGAGCCAGAUAUCCUCAGCAAAAAAUCAGUAGAAUCAGGCAGUACUCUGGAUAUACGAAAACGAUGGAAAUUAAUUAAGCCUCCUUUUAGGAAAGGAGCGUUUGAUUGCUUACUUCGUUGGCGCGGAAAGAGACCACAGACUGAUCAAAGUAGG